GGCCGUGAGGGGACUCCAGUCUACGAGAAUCUGCUUCUUGAAUGUUCAGUUACGCGUGAGGUGUGUCCUGUGUGUCCAUAUGAAGCUCACCACUGCAACCAUCAGGUGCAUUAAGAAAGGGACCGGCAGAAACGCGUUACCAGUACUAAAAGACAACGCAAUGAAGGGAUACAGCAGCACGAGCAGCUGUAGUGAAAAUGACGCUUACUAAUCUUUCUCUUUGAAAGAGAAGACUAAGAAAAAAAGGCGAGGGACAGAAGAACUUGGACUGCGGGCGAGAAUAACAUCGCAUGGGGCCAUGAGCGGUGCAGACCCCGCAGCGAACAAACUGUUGAGUUUCAACCAACGCUCAGCGUCGGAGGAUCUUGGGUGCCGGAGAGGAGAGUUCAGCCGGAAACACUAUGGAUCAGUGGAAUUGCUCAUCUCCAGUGAUGCAGACGGGGCCAUACAGAGAGCUGGGCGAUUCAGAGUGGAGAACGGUUCAAUAGAUGAGGCCUCUGACUACACGCCUGGAACAUGGAGGCGAACUGACGUCCAUUUGGAGAACCCAGAGUAUCACACCAGAUGGUACUUCAAGUACUUCCUGGGAAAAGUUCAUCAAAACUACGUGGGGACGGAUGCAGAGAAGAAUCCCUUCUUCCUAUCUGUGGUUCUGUCAGACCAGAACAACCAGAGGGUCCCACAGUAUCGAGCCAUCCUGUGGCGCAAGACGGGAACUCUAAAAAUCAGCCUUCCAUACAGUCCGACAAAAACACUAUCAGUCAAAUCUAUAUUAAGUGCCAUGAACGUGGAUCGUUUUGAAAAGGGCCCAAGGGAAAUCCUUAACCCAGAGAUUCAAAAGGACUUACUGGUGCUGGAGGAGCAAGAGGGCAGUGUAAAUUUUAAAUUUGGUGUUCUUUAUGCCAAAGAUGGACAGUUGACCGAUGAUGAAAUGUUCAGCAAUGAAUCAGGAAGUGAGAAUUUUGAUAAAUUUCUGAAUCUCCUUGGUGACACGAUCUGUCUGCAGGGCUGGGCAGGGUAUCGAGGAGGACUGGACACUAAGAACGACACUACAGGAAUAAAUUCCAUCUACACAGUCUAUCAGGGUCAUGAGCUCAUGUUCCAUGUUUCCACCAUGUUACCUUAUUCGAAAGAGAACAAACAACAGGUAGAGAGGAAGAGACAUAUUGGGAACGACAUUGUGACCAUUGUGUUUCAGGAGGGAGACGACGCCUCUCCGUCCUUCAAACCCUCUAUGAUUCGCUCCCAUUUCACACAUAUUUUUGCCUUAGUUCGAUAUAAUAGCCAGAAUGAUAGUUACAGGUUGAAGAUUUUCUCAGAGGAGAGUGUGCCGCUGUUUGGCCCACCGCUCCCAUCCCCUCCAGUGUUCACACACCACCAGGAGUUCAGGGACUUUUUACUAGUUAAAUUAAUAAAUGGAGAAAAAGCCACUCUUGAGACCCCCACUUUUGCUCAGAAACGUCAGCGCACACUGGACAUGCUGAUCAGAUCCUUGAACCAGGAUCUCAUGCCUGACAUGCCCAAGGUUCCCUUCUCUCCGCAAAACAUGCUGAACCGACGCUCAUUCAGCGAUGUACUGCCAGAGUCACCCAAAUCUGCCCGUAAAAAAGAAGAGGCACGCCAGGCUGAGUUUGUUCGAGUGGGACAGGCAUUGAAGCUGAAAACUAUAGUUCGAGGGGAUGCACCCACCAGUUUAGUCACCACUGGUCUUUGCAGGAAAGAGCCAUGGGAGUCACAGUCAUUCUGCAGUAGCUUCCCGUAUGAUAUAGUCUGUGGAGAUUCAUGGGGACAGUCAUUACUGGUGGCCACAGAUUCAGCAGGGGUUAUGCUGCUGGAGGCCUCAGAUCCACUGUUCUCCAAUGCAGAUUCACCAACCCUGCCUCCAGUGCAGGUAUUUGACAAAACCCUGACUGUCAAACAAAUGCACGUGCUUGAACCUCAGGACCUCCUCAUUGCAAGAGCAGAUAAGGGGAAAGAUGCUCGACUGUAUGUUUACAGACUGAGCACGCUCAAACGGGGAAUAGAGGAGCGCCAGCUUGUCCGCACCAAGUGUGACAGUCGAGAGAACAAGCUUGAGAAAACCAAAGGCUGCCAUCUCUACUCCAUAAACACGCAUCAUGGGGUGGAGCUCAGAAUCGUUGUGGCGAUAAGAAACAAGCUCCUCCUGAUCACCAGGAAACAGUCACGCCUUGAUUGCCUCAGCUCUAUCGCUACAGUCCCAGGGACUACUGACUCACCUGUGGAAGAGUUCCAGUACAUACGGGAGAUCUGCUUAUGUGAUUCACCAGUGGUCAUGGCCCUGGUUGAUGGCCCAACAGGAGAGAAUGAUCACAUGAUCUGUGUGGCCUACAGACAUCAGUUUGACUUGAUCAAUGAGAGUACAGGAGAUGCUUACAGAUUACACCAUGUAGACUCCAACCGGGUGAACUUUGUUGCUGCCAUAGAUGUGUAUGAAGAUGGAGAGGCUGGACUUCUUCUUUGCUAUAACAAUAUCUGUGUCUAUAAGAAGGUGUGUCCGUUUAACGGAGCAACACCCAUGAUUCAGCCCAAUACUUCAGACUUCCAUUUCAGCUGGAACCAAAUGCCCAACGCUAUUGUGUGUGCGUUCCCGUAUAUUCUUGCAUUCACCACUGACUCCAUAGAGAUUCGACUAGUUGUUAAUGGCAACCUAGUAUAUACAGCUGUCGUUCCAGAAUUGCAACUGACGGCGUCCAGAUCUGAUAUCUAUUUCAUCUCGUCAGCACCUAUAAACUCUGCCUCCAACUGUAGCUCCAGAGACACUAGUUCCCAGAGUUCCCCUCAGACUCCGACCGGCUACGAGAUGCCUGUCUUCCCUUCGCCGCUUGGAGAUGAUUGUAUUCGGAUCCCCUACGGCACCAAGCUAUCCCUCUACAUGUCUAAAGACUCUGAAGGCGAAGCUCCCUCAAAACACAUCUAUAAGAUCCCAUUGAGCAACCUAGUUGGACGGAGCAUAGAGAGGCCCCUCAAGUCUCCGUUGGUCAAUAAAGUGCUCACGGCACCUGCCUCCAGUGUGAUCGGCCCCACUCCCGUGAUCGCAAGCACAACCUCCCUCUCACUGUCUCGCAUGGAGAUCAAAGAGAUCGCCAGCCGGACACGGAAAGAACUGCUGGGUUUGACUGAGGAACCCAGCAGUAAAGCUGAUGGUAACUCAGUGAAACAGAGAAGAAUGAGCAAGAAAACCAAGGAGGAAGAACAGAGGAGAACAGCAGAGAUAAGCACCACUGAGCAAGUGGGAAUGGAGUCUGUAGAUGCAGAAACUGAUGUCCAUCAGCUUUGCUCAUCUGGCUCUGAGGUGGAGCCACGAGAUGAUAGCCCACCCACGGCCAGCCCUUUUACCUUCUCCACAUCUUUUGAGGAGGAUAUUCUGGACCUUAAGUGAUGACAAUCACAGUCUGUGGAUCAAAGUGCACCUCUCACCUUACACAUCCUACUACCUUUUACUUUAUAUCAUUCUUAUAUACCAUGUUACGUUGGAUUUUGUGUUUUCCUUAGUCUGCCCACUCAUCUGUGUGCGUAAAUGAAUCCCCAGAGCUUUAAACUUGAAGGAGUUUACAGUGUGGUGAUGUCAAAAUUUACUCCUGGUGGAUGUAUGCAUGUGUGUGUAUGAUCCUGUGAUUACCGUAUAAGAAAGUUAAGUAUAUCAAAAAAUCAGAUUCUCAGCUAUUAUUUCAGAGUUCAGUUUAAAGAAAAAAGAAAAACUGACCAAAAUUGUUAAAAAAUCCCUAGAAUCUCAGUUAGUCAAUAUUUGAUUUAGUUUCUAUGAUUGAUGAGACACAUUCUCCAUCAGCAUUCGGACAAAUUUGUAGCUUUGUAGCAAACUUGUAGCCAUAUGAACAGAAAUAAAAAAUGGCUUGAAAGGUUUGAGCCACAAUUUAAGGUUAAGGCAAAUAUUACUUUUCGCUCCAAGACCUGAAUGUACGAUUGACAUUCCUAAAAACAAUGACAUUUUAGCUCCUUAUUUUGUGUUUUUAAAUGUUUUGUAUGUCUGUGAUUUGUACAUUGUGUGAUUGUUUCAAAGUUGUAAGAAACUCUAUAUGCAUCUUGGACCCGAUGCACAUGAACAUACAAAUGUAAACAUACAUACAUAUAAAUAUAUACCUUUCUAGUUCUAUUGUAUUAUGGAGAAAUAAAACUUAAUUCUUGUGUA